ACAUUUCGGGAAGAGCAGCAGCACACAGAGAGAGAAGAGGAGAAGAGAAGAGAAGGCCGAAAUAUAAUAGUAUAAUGGAGAAUGGAGGAGGCGAAGAUCAACAAUUAGAGCAACCACCACAGCCGCAGCGACGGUUGAAGCCGAUCCCACCGAAUCCACCGCCAACAGAUCGGCCGGCUCGUAUUUACGCUGACGGCAUCUACGAUCUCUUCCACUUCGGCCAUGCUCGCGCCCUCGAACAAGCUAAGAAACUAUUGCCGAACGCUCAGCUUCUUGUUGGAUGCUGCAAUGAUGAAAUCACCCACAAAUACAAGGGAAAAACUGUUAUGAAUGAAAAGGAGCGCUAUGAAUCUUUGCGCCACUGCAGAUGGGUUGAUGAAGUCAUUCCAGAUGCGCCUUGGGUUGUUACCCCGGAGUUCAUUGAUGAACAUCGGAUUGACUAUGUGGCACAUGACGCUCUUCCUUAUGCGGAUGCAAGUGGAGCUGGAAAUGAUGUUUACGAGUAUGUUAAGUCCAUUGGUAAGUUCUUGGAGACCAAGCGGACUGAUGGAAUAUCUACUUCAGAUUUAAUAAUGAGGAUUGUAAAAGACUACAAUGAAUAUGUGAUGCGCAAUUUGGACCGAGGAUAUUCAAGAACGGAUCUUGGUCUUAGCUACGUGAAGGAAAAAAGGCUGAGAGUGAACAGGGGUUUGAAAAAGUUGCAUGAGAGAGUAAAGAAACAACAAGAGAAAGUGGAAGAGAAGAUUCAAACAGUAGCAAAGCAUCGAAAUAUUUGGGUGGAGAAUGCUGAUAGAUUGGUUGCUGGUUUCCUUGAGAUGUUUGAAGAAGGUUGCCACAAAAUGGGAACUGUCAUAAGAGACCGAAUUCAAGAGCAGAUGAGGACCAAGAGUAUAAAAGGGAUUCUAUAUGACAAAGAAGAGGAUGAUGAUGAAUAUGACUACUAUUACGGAAGCAGUGACGAUGAUGAAGAAUACUACGAUGGUGAGGAUGAAGAAUAGGGUUUGUCACUUUGUCAUGUUAUGUGGUGAGUUUCACUGUGUAAAAUGUAGUUUAUGGAUCAAGUUGGAUGAAGAUGUAUUAUGUCUAAUGGUUGGAUGCGCUGCAAUAUGCGUGUUUUCUUUUGGUAGAAUGUAGUGGCAAUUAGUCGUGUUGUAAACCGUGAUCAAGCAUAGUCUUGUACCAUAACGCUGUCAAGCAGAGUGAUCUGUCUAAUAUGAGAUGAAUAAUCACAUGUUCUUGAAAAUGCAA